CGAUCGUACGCCAGUUUCACACACAUAUUGUUGACAUAUCACGAAAAGUAAACAAUAAAGUAUAAACAAAUGAAAAAGCAAAUACCAAAUGCCCAACAAACAAACUUCUUCCAAUAGAAAGAAUCAUGUAUAUUGGUAGCUAAAAACCAAAUUCUUUGCUUUUUCUGUAUUUUUAGGAUUUAUAUUAAAAGUAUUAUUUCAAAUUUAAAAUGGAGAAUGCGAUGGAGGACGAUUUAAGUCAUUUUAUUAAGACAGAUUAUAGCCAACCAGCAAUCCUUUACAAUGACUCUCCAGAAUUUUAUCAAGAGACCUUUUUUGAAGUAUGGGAUAACUGUGCUUUUGAAUCAAUUAAAAGUAUUUGCAGCUCUAUUUACAUAUAUGUGAUUCUUAAUUUUCUAAUAGGAAUUACUCUAUCUUUUGGUCCACCAAAAUGGAUUUAUCAUGUUCUAACAGCCAUUUGUGGAACGUACAUGCUUAUCGCCAAUAUCUCAUCCCAAGUAGGUUUACUGAUUGUACUUUCCACCAUAUACUUAUCGUCUAUAAUAAUAAUUUAUCGAAAAUACAACUAUUUAUCUAGAGCUACUGGGAAAAGCAUUCAAGAUAAAGAUGUCAAACCUAAGUAUUUUAAUCCAUCUGUGGUGCAGUCUUGCUUUAUUUUAUUUUUUAUUUUAUGUGAAUAUCUGCUGCUUGAUAGGAAAACGUGGCUGGAAAUCAGAGGAAUUAUGAUGGUAUUUUCUAUGAAACUUAUAUCAUUAGUAACAGACUUGCAACCAGAACAAUUUCCAAGCUUUAUUGAAUACCUCGGAUAUAUGUUUAACUCAGGAAAUGUUUUGUUUGGACCUUGGAUCAGCUUUGAACACUAUACCAUGCUUUUAAAGUAUCCUCCAAAAAAGAAUAUUUAUUGGAUUUGGGCCAUUUUUAAGUCACUCUUUCUUGCUGGCGUAUUUUUGACAGUAUCCAACUGCUGGGCUAACUACCUAAUCGACGAUACACAAGUAAGACUACUUGUGAGUUAUCGAGAAGCAUUAUCCUUCAGAACAAGUCACUAUUUUAUAUGUUAUUUGUCUCAAGCCAUCAUGCUGUCACUAGGAUAUAAAGAUAUUGGCCAUCAUCUUGAUUUUACAUACUGGAAGUUUACUAUCACAAGCUUUACUGAAGUUGAAUUUCCAGGGUCACUAGCUGCUGUGGUUGUAAAUUGGAAUAGACCAAUACAUAUGUUCCUGAAAAAAUAUAUCUACCGAAAAUGGCUACCUCGAGGACGUUUUAUAGCAGUGCUUAUGACUUUUGUAAUAUCGGCAUUAUUCCAUGGCUUAGAGUUAAAAGUUACCGCAGUAUUAAUUAGUUUAGGAUUAUUUUCUUUUAUGCAAAUGAAUGUUAGAGAAUUCCUUGCGUCAACCUUUGAUAUUUGCUGUAAGGUGUACCCUUGUCGAUCUUGCAGUCAUAGGUUAAAAAGGAAUAGCCUGAUUUGUCGGUUGAUACUACUAUUAUUCUCUAUUUAUACAGUGUUAGAUCUUAUUUAUGUAGGUGUCUUAAUGGAUCCUUCAACUGAUGAGGUAGGGAUUUAUACAAAAUGGAGCGACCUUUACUUUUAUAGUUUCUGGUUAAUGUUUCUUAAUUUUUUACUUGUUUUUUAGAUUGAUACAAUUUAAACGGUGUGAUAUUAAUUAAAAGUUUUAUCGGCAUAAUUUACUUAAUCGAGAAUACACUACGCACAAAGAUUAUACAUAAUUUAUUGUUAAACUAUAAGUAUUUAUGAACUUGUAUUAUUUUUCAUGACAUUUUUUUAUAUGUAUACAAUAUCCUAAAUAAAGCAAAAUAAAACAUAA